ACAGAGAGUGGGAGCCUCGCUCGAGCUGCCAUCCUGUUGCCGCUCUGUGGCUUGGCACCAUUCUCAUCGCCUCUUCUCUUCUUGCUUUGGAGGUGCCCAGCGCUGGUUUGCGGAUCUCCAGGCAGCUCUGCAGGGCCUAAUGCCAUGAGCGUGCUCGUGCAGCAUGUGGAGGAGAAAGCUGUGCACUCGUGGUCACGCAUCUCCACGGCAGGGAAGAAGGCCCUGGAAGAGGCCCUCCUCGUGUUUAAUCCCAUGAGCCAGGAUCUCAGUGCCACAGAGGCCCAGCUUGUGGCCUUCCUCCAGGGCCUGCGAGAUGAUGGCUUCCAGCCGACCAUUCUGCGAAGUGGUGACGUCUAUGGCUAUAGUUCAUGCACAGCCAACCCCCCCAGCCAGACAAAGCUACAAGCUCGCACCACCAUCCCGUCUGCCACAUCACUUCCAGCCAGGGCUCCUAACGCUGCUGUGUCGCUGCCUGCAAGCCAGGCGACAAUGCUCCCUGUGCCACUGUCUGGCAGGCUGGCUAAGGGGUCUACACCAGCCCUUGCCAAGCAUGCUGCCACUAACCUGCUGCUGAGCUCCUUGAAGCAGUCAAAUGCCAGGGACACCAGCGGCACAACAGUAGGCUUCCCUGCCCACCUGUAUCCAGGCGUGUACCCUGCCAUGCGGCUCUCUGUGGUCCUUGAAGCACUAGUCCCCCUCAAGCCUCCUUGCUUGGGUGCUAAGCACAGGGCACAGCCACUGCAGCUGUCACUUGCAAACUCUCCUCUGAAACUGAGGAAAGGUUCAGGGAACCCACAGUCUAAAGCACCCAGAAAAAACAUAAGCAAGGGCCUCAAAUGCCUGACUAGCAAAGGCCCUGGGGCUGGUCCCCGACGAGGUGCUGGGACCCAGGACAGUGGCCCACAAGUGAAAGGGUGCUCUGCCUUGAGCACCAAAACAGUCAAGGCCAAGACAUCUCGAACACUGACCAAAGCUGCUCGUGCCUGUGCCAGUGUAGCUCAAACCCAGCCCAAGGCAGUAAGGAUCAGGGCCAAGGCAACACAGGCCAAGCCCAGGGCAGCCAGAGCCAAAGCCAAGGCCACUGUAGUGAGGGACAAGGCUAAAGCCAAGGCAGGCCAGGCCAAGGCCAAAGCAGCUCAAGCCACGCACAAGAGAAGGCCAAAGGGAUCCGUUCCAUCCAGAACUGGAAGGGCAAGCCUGAAAAACUGCUCUGAGACUGUGGGGCGGAAGAGGAAGAAAGCCUCGGAGGCCAAGGGUCUUCCUCCUAAGAAGAGGGCACGCCUCGUGCCCAGACCUCCUAAGGCAUGGCUGGGGCCUGCGACAACAAAGCCUCGCAAGUCCCACACCGUAAAGGUAGACAGGAAGUUCUCAGAUGACGAGGUCCGACAGUGGGCCCAACAGAUCCUCCGUGUGAAUCUCUCUCCAGUAGUAUGGCUCCAGCCAUUGCUACUAUCUUGAUGCUGUACUCAACACCUGAGUCCUUGCCGCAAGCGGUGCUUGGGAAAACAGUUGAGCUGUUUGUGUGGCCAGCAGCACAGUGUGCCAUGCUCGUGAACUCUGCAGCUUCCUGGACUCUGGGUACCUCCCGGGCCCUCAAGGUCACCAACCUCCUUUCAGAAACUGAGUAUUUGGGAUGGGGUGGGUCGUGGGAGGGUUUUCUCGUGGCUCAGUGCACUGUGAUUUGUUCUUCAAAUUGUGUGUCUGCUGUUCCAUCUAUCAAGUUUUAUACCUUUCCA